UCUCGUACUUCUGGCCAAGUGGUAAGGUGAAAAGUUAGUGUUCUGUCUCCCCAGAUUAAGUGAAUCUGGGUGUUGGGGCUCUAUCCUCCUUGGGAUUUGAGGCGGGAAAAGGGUAUUUUAUCCGAAGGAGGAGGAGGAGGAGGAGUGGAUAAGCCUUAAAAGUGCAAAGGGAAAAAGUGAUUAGUGCAAGAAACUUUGAGACUUUUCUUCUUAAGUUCCCUUCCUUUCCAAAUGGAGCUCUGGGAGUUUUGAGAGAUUGAAACACGGUAAGAUUAAUUGGACGAUAUCCCACCUCUGAAGGGACGAUGAAGACGUGGUGAUGACGAGGAAUCAGGGAUUGCUCCCUGCCAAAGCUGCCUCGGUAAUUAAUAGACACAGGGCAGUAACAUCAAACCAAAGACAGCAUUGUAGAUUUUAAAGAAAAGAACAAACAAAAAAGAAAAAUAGCAAGAAAUAUUGAAUUUUCUGAGGAGAAAUCUCAGGAACAAGAAAGUCCACUUUAACUUUGGAAUUGACAAUUGAAAGGGAAGGAUUUUCCCUUUUUUUUUAAACCGGAAAUCUGUGCAUUUUCUCAACAUUGAAAGAGGAUGCUGAUCAAAGAAUAUCGAAUACCCUUGCCCGUGACGGUGGAGGAAUAUCGGAUUGCUCAACUGUACAUGAUUGCUAAAAAAAGCCGCGAUGAGAGUAGCGGAGCUGGAAGUGGAGUGGAAAUAAUUGUCAAUGAGCCGUACGUUGACGGUCCGGGGGGCAAUGGGCAGUACACGAGAAAGAUUUACCAUGUUGGGAGUCAUUUGCCGGGAUGGAUAAAGGGCCUUCUGCCCAAAAAUGCCCUGACAGUUGAGGAAGAGGCCUGGAAUGCCUAUCCUUACACAAAAACCCGCUACACUUGUCCUUUCAUGGAAAAACUCUCGCUGGAAAUUGAGACGUACUAUUUCCCGGACAAAGGUGAUCAGGAGAAUGUGUUCAAGUUGACGGGGGGAGAUCUGAGGAAUCGUCAAGUGGAUGUGAUUGAUAUUGUGAAGGAUCAGCUCUACGGAGCGGAUUAUGUGAGGGAGGAAGACCCAAAGUUGUAUGUGUCACAGAAAACCCACCGAGGACCACUGCAGGAUGGCUGGAUCGAUGAAUACUGGAAUGAGGUGAAGAAUAAACAGCAGCCAACUGCCAGAAAUAUGGCCAUAAUGUGUGCGUAUAAGUUGUGUCGUGUGGAAUUUCGGUACUGGGGCAUGCAGACGAAGCUGGAGAAGUUCAUCCAUGACACAGCUCUGAGGAAAACCAUGCUGCGAGCCCAUCGACAGGCUUGGGCGUGGCAGGAUGAGUGGCAUGGACUGACCAUGGAUGACAUCCGUGAGAUUGAGCGGCAGACGCAGUUGGCGCUGCAGAAGAAGAUGGGAAUGGAAUUGGGUGGGAGUGUUGGGGAAGGAAUGGAGGCGUUGGAUGAUGAUGGGGCGGGGGGAGAGGGUCAGUUGGAGGGUGUGGGCGAAAAGGAAGUGAGCCUCGAGGAGAGUUCAGAGGGAGAAGAUGAAAAUACCGAUGAAGUCACGUCGAAUUCCAACUCAAAAUACGCCAUUGCUAAGCACCAUCUCGCCCCAAAGAAUGCCAUCCCAUCGCCUCUGGGAUCCACGAAUAGUUUUGAUCUUCAGCUGGCAUCUCAAGCCCCUUUGAAAAAUGUGGCCAAUUGGCGAAUGGAGAAGCUGGAAGUGGAUUCAAAAUCAGGAUCUGAAGAGGAAUUUUUCGACUGUUUGGACACUGGGGAAUCAACAUCCCUGGCCAAAUGGAGCUCACUGGAGCUCCUGGCGGAUGAAGAUGAUAGUCCGCCAGCUGCUGUCAAGACCCAGGAAGACAGCAUCUUCAGUCAUUCCUUCCUGCAGCGUGUUGCUUCGGAACGUGGUUCUCGUCGAUCAACUUUUGGUACUGCCUCCAGUAUCGAUCGCAGCAAUACAGAUUCUUCUCCACCUGGAUCUCCAGGUCCUCCAGCUUGUCCUACGUCUGUUCUAAUUCUCGUUUUGCACGCUGGAAGUGUCCUGGAUGCCAAUGUUGAUCUGGCAGCCAAGAAGUCAGAUAUCACGACAUUCAGGGGAGCUUUUGAGUCUGUCAUGAGGCAACACUAUCCCUCGAUGGUUGGCCAUGUGGCCAUUAGGCUGGUUUCUUGUCCUUCUGUCUGCACUGAUGCCCUUGGAAUUCUGUCCAGUUUGAGUCCGUAUUCCUUUGAUUCGUCCCCAUCUACCACAGAUUCCCCAAAUAUGACUGACGUCCCCAUUGGGGCCAUUCCCUUGCUCACCACUUGCACCCAGGAAUUCCAGGAUGCUGUCAAUCAGGCUGUUACUGCUUCCAAUCUUGCCUAUGCCGAUUUUCAGCGUUGCGAAGAGGGUUGUGGCUUUUCUGGGCAGAUUGUCCUCAUUGGGGAUUCAAUGGGGGGCAUUUUGGCGUAUGAUGCUCUGUGCAGAACUUCAGGGCGUCUGGGAAGUGAUGCUAGUGCUCUGGAUCUCAUGGAUGAUAGUCUGGUAAAUAAUGAAUUGGAUGCAGCUCGAUUGUUGAUGGCUCCGUCGCCCAGGAGACGGUCUUCUUCGAUCAAUGAGGCCAGACUGCCAAAGUUUCACUUUGAAGUUGGUGAUUUGUUCCUCUUUGGGAGUCCACUGGCCAUUGUCCUGGCCGCCAGGAAGCUCAGUGAUUGCAAUUAUGGGUCUGAGAGGCCUCAGUGCACUCAAGUGUACAAUCUCUUCCAUCCAACGGAUCCGGUAGCUUCGCGCCUGGAACCAUUAAUCAGUGCGAGAUUCUCAAUGCUGGCACCUGUCAAUGUGCCCCGAUAUGCCAAGUAUCCACUGGGAAAUGGACAACCGUACCAUCUUCUUGAGCUAAUCCAAUCCAGUCCACAUUUAUUCAGCGACAGCCUCCAUGCCCGACGCCUCUCAGACACUUCGCUGCAGAGCAAUAUUUCCGGUAUGAUUGACAAUGUUCCUCUGGCCACAAUCAAUACACUUCAGCAUCGUUGGUGGGGUUCCAAACGCCUCGAUUACGCCCUCUAUUGUCCGGAAGGUCUGAGCAAUUUCCCCGCUCAUGCUCUGCCCCAUCUCUUCCAUGCCAGCUACUGGGAGAGUAGCGAUGUGAUCGCCUUCAUCUUGCGUCAGAUCGGACGGUUUGACUCGACGACGCUGUCAACGGGAGAGGAAAAGGAGAUUUGUUCCUUCCGACCCGGACAGCCGAGGGAGAAGUGGAUCAAGAAGAGGACUUCGGUGAAGCUGAAGAAUGUCACGGCCAAUCACCGUGCCAAUGAUGUUCUCGUGAAGGAGGGAGAACCUCAAAAGUUGCUAGCGAGAUUCAUGUACGGACCCCUGGACAUGAUAACUCUGGCCGGAGAAAAAGUGGACAUCCAUUUGAUGAAGGAUCCACCGGGUGGGGAGUGGAUGCACGUGACGACGGAAGUGACGGACAAAACGGGCAGGAUUCAGUAUACUCUGGAGGGGGAUAAGGCCAUGGGCUAUGGGAUCUAUCCGGUGAAGAUGGUAGUCCGUGGAGAUCAUACUUCCGUGGAUUUCUACCUGGCAGUCAUUCCUCCGUGCACGGAAUGCGUCGUCUUCAGCAUCGACGGCAGUUUCACGGCUUCGAUGUCGGUGACGGGAAGGGAUCCCAAGGUCAGAGCAGGAGCUGUCGAUGUGUGCAGGCAUUGGCAGGAACUGGGAUAUCUGCUGAUCUUCAUCACUGGACGUCCGGAUAUGCAGCAGCAGCGUGUUCUGUCGUGGCUGAGUCAGCACAAUUUCCCCCACGGAUUGGUAUCCUUUGCCGAUGGCCUGAGCACUGAUCCUCUCGGGCACAAGACGGCCUACCUCAAUAAUCUCAUCCAGAAUCAUGGCGUAGUGAUCCACACGGCUUACGGCAGCAGCAAGGACAUCAGCGUCUACACUAACAUUGGGCUGAAGCCCAAGCAGAUCUACAUUGUGGGCAAGGUGAGCAAGAAGCUGCAGGCCAAUGCCACGUGUCUGUCCGAGGGCUAUGCGCAGCAUCUGAGUAGCCUUCUGGCUCAUGGAGGCUCGAGGCCGGCUCAAGGGAAUGCGAGAAUGGUGAUUCCCAGGGGAUGCUUCAAUCUUCCGGGGCAGGCGAGGAGGAGGAGCAAGGAUGCCGGAGGAGCUGGACUGCCACUGGCUUCGCCCAUCCGAAGUGGCUACCUUAAGAGGAAAUCCUAUCUCAGUCAUGUCUAAAGUUGUCUCUAAGUGUCAUUAUCGAGUGAUUCCUUGAUUUUAUUGUCACAUAGUACCUGGGCUCAGAAGACUGUAUCUUUCCUGUUCGAUGGCAGAAUUGAGAUGAAAAAAAUAUUUAAAAAAAGAAAAAAAAAUCUAACAAAAGAAAUCGUUGUAAAACUUUAAGUCAAAAAGAUGCUUCCAUUUCUAUGAUAAAACGCGAAUGACUCUCUUCAUUCGCGGAGAUUGCAAUGUCUUUUUUUUAAAUCCACAGAAUGGAAAAUUCUUGCAAUCUCGCCUUUUCUCCAAGACAAAAAGAAAAAAACAAAACCAAAAAACGUUUAUUAAGUGUUGUGGAAAAUAAAAAUUAAAUUAAAUUGGAAAGCAAAUUCAAAAUUUAAGAUCUUCUAAAGUUAGUUGAAGAAAUUGAUGAUUCUCUAUGUGUAAUACUCGUUAGAUACUGAAGACAUUUGGACAGAAAAUCAAGAGGGAGAUUGUAAAACUUGUUGAAAAAAAAAUAAAAUAAAAUUGAUGUAUUUAUCUGUGAAAAAGUAGAAGAGGAAAAGACGAUUUUGGGAUAAAAAAUGGGAAGAAAAAAUUGCUCUCUAAAUGUUUGUUAGUUGUUAGGGGCGCUCUGGAUAAACUCUAUUUAGAAUUUACUGUAAUAUUGUAAUUUGUGUGUAAUAAGCAGCCACUCGUUGAAAAUCAACAAAAAGAAAAAAAACUGUGAAAGAAAAUAGAAAGAUAUUUUGGGAAAAGUUUGUCUAUUGCAAAAAAAAAGAGGGAAAAUUUUAGAAGUGAUUAGAAAGGUUUGAUGCAGGAAUACUGGAAUUUCAAUGUGGACUAAUUGUAAAUUUUGUUAUGAGGAACAGAGAUGAUAUAUUUGUAAAUGUUACGUUCAAUAAAUGUAUAAAAAAAAUUGAGGAAAAUCAAAA